CACCCACUUUAUCAAGAACAACGAYGGAUCCAAUCCAAAAUCGCGAAUGACAGAAAACCCUAGCCUUGGCCGCAGGAGGAGGAUUUCAUCUCUAUACAACCAACCAACCAACCAACCGACCGACCGACCGACCUACUUUAUCUAGAUUCGUUGUAGGGAGGCUGGAUUUUGGAGAUAGGGUUAGGGGUUUUCGAAAAUUAGGGUUAGGGUUAGGGUUAGGGUUGCGAAGGAUUUGUUGACAUGGAACGCUGCAUGGACGGUGGUGGUUUGGUGCAAUGACUAGAGGACGAUGUCACCGGCGGAAGAAGAUGAUGGGUAGAAGUGCCAACGGAGGUUGCGGCACUGAGGAAAAACAUUGCCCAGUUUCUACUUCUAGGGUUUCAAACAAGUUCUCACCGGAACAUAAAGACGCACCACUGGCUCAAGUAGUAGGUAUAGAUUUCUACGCACAGGCUUGUAAGGCGCUCGCGGUUCUCUCGCCUUUUGAUUUGGAAGAUGGACAGAAGAAGAGUUCAGCUAUUGUUCCGACACUUCCUGGUGGUUUGGCCAGUUGCUUAUCGAAAAAUGCUGACAGUCGUAAGCGCCAUAAGAAGUCACAUUUGGGCUCAGACACCAAGAAAAACAAGUCUUCUUCCAGGCAGGAGAAGCCUCGUGGGCUGAGUAUUUGGUCUGAAACAGAGGAUUACUUCAGGGAAUUGAGGGUGGAUGAUAUUGAGAGGUUAAAUGAAGCCUCUUCUUUUAGGGACAACAGGUUCAUUUCAAUUCCGUAUCCCGGAAAUAAUUUGAACGAAACAAAUAAUCAUAGUGGCGUUGUUGCUGGUGGGGAGCAGCAGGAUGUAGACCACUUCAUGGAAGUAGAUGGCGUAGGUGCUAAUGAAAUUUUACAAAACCAACAAGACGAUGACAAUUCAUGUUCUUUACCUCAAUCCUCUAGUGGAGUGGAAUGGCUUUUAGGCUCUCGAAGUAAGAUAUAUUUGACCUCCGAGCGGCCUUCUAAGAAACGAAAACUCUUGGGUGGGGAGGCAGGUUUGGARAAGCUUUUUGUUGCUCGUCCAGUUAAAGAGCAAGGGACAUCUACGUGCUGUCAUUAUUGCAGUCUGGGCGACAUGGGCAAUCAGUUGAACAGAUUGAUUGUUUGCACGUCUUGUGGUGUAGCAGUUCAUCAAAGAUGUUACGGUGUGCAGCAAGAUGAUGAAGCUGGCUGCUGGUUAUGCUCUUGGUGUAGRCUGAAGAGGGAUGAAGAUAAAAGUACUGAUAACCAUUGUCUGCUUUGCCCGCAGCAGGGUGGUGCUCUAAAGCCUGUGCGGAAGAGAGGUGCUGGGAAUGAUGAUGGCGGCCACAUCGAGUUUGCUCACUUGUUUUGUUGUCAGUGGAUGCCUGAKGUCUACAUAGAGGACACCAAAAGCAUGGAACCUAUUAUGAACAUUGAGGGCAUUAAGGAGACACAGAAGAAGCUAAUUUGUUAUCUAUGCAAGGUCAAAUGUGGCGCCUGUGUUCGUUGCAGUUAUGGAUCUUGUCGAACUUCUUUCCAUCCUGUAUGUGCGAGGGAAGCAAGACACAGAAUGGAAAUUUGGGGGAAAUUCGGAUGUGAUGAUGUUGAGUUGCGAGCUUUUUGCUUAAAACAUUCUGAGGCCCAAAAAGACUGCAACCAUCAAGUGGAAAACCUGUCUGUAGGAGAUGGAUCUUCUUCUACCUUUCUGGAGCAUAGGCCAUUAUCUUCUAUUGCAAAUGAACCACAUAAGCUAAAACUUGGACGUAGAACUGGUGAUAAAUUCGCUUCCCAUACAGAAGCAACUGAUGUAGAGAGUGGUAGACUGGGUGGCAGUGCAUCUUUUGAAGAUGGGUUGCUGGAUACUAGGUCAAACCUUAAACGUCAAAUAGAAUACAUCGACGGGCUGGAGGCUAAAGGCAGCAGCRCUGUUGAAGAUUCUAAAGUGUCUGAUUCUUCUAAUUUUACUCUACUUCUGAAGAAGCUGAUUGAGCGAGGAAAAGUCAAUAUGAAAGAUGUGGCCUCAGAGAUGAAUGUUUCUGCUAAUAUGUUGGCAUCAAAUCUCGCUGAUGACUGCUUGCCUCUUGACUUGCAUGGAAAAAUAGUUAAAUGGCUUAAAAAUCAUGCUCAUGCUGGUGGCUUGCAGAAAAAUUUGAAGCUUAAAGUUAUGUCCACAUGCAUAUCCAAGUCUGAGAAAGACUCUGGUGUUGAAAAUGCUAUUAGAGCAUCGGACAACAAUGUUGGAAAUUCUCCUGUUAAGUCGGCACCACCCCGGAGGAGAACCAAAGGCAAUAUUAGGGUGCUGAAGGACAACAGUCUUAUAUUGUCUCUUAAAAGGAGUUCUGGAGAUGGCGUUGUGAUGGAUGAGGAUAAAAAUGGCGGGCUUCUCCAUGAAGACCGGAACUUGCAAAGUGAAGAGACUUCUCCUGAUUCCAGGGAAAAGGUAUUGGUUGAAUCUUGUCAGGCUUCUGAUCUAUUGACCGGCAAUACUUCUGACCAUAAAGGUGACGGUGUCAAGUGCUCAWGCCCUAGCCAGUACGGCUGUGGUCAAGUUGAUAAGGCUGUUGUCUCCAAGUGUGAUACCAGGGAAAAAUCCAAUCUGGGGAGCGAUGAAUGUUCAAUUGCUAUGAAUGAGAGUUCKUAUGCCAUUAGAGCAGAAGCUUCACCUGGUUCUUAUGUGCAUCCGCUUAUACGUGUGCAAAAUCAAGUUUUGUCUGAGAUCAAAGCUGAGGAGGAUGAUGGUUCAAGAUGCAGACAUAUUUCUUUGACAGAGGCAUCCUCUGGUUCUGGAGUUUGUUGCAAUCACCACAAUCAAAAUUCAGCCUCUACUGAGUCAAGUAGUGGGUUCAUAAGGGACCUGGGAAAAACUAAGCGGAUGAGCAUCAUAAAUAUGUCUCCGAUGGAUGAAGUGGAAGGAGAACUGGUUUAUUAUCAGCAUCGGCUACUUUGUAAUGCAGUUGCAAGAAAGCACUUAAGUGAUGGUUUGAUUUCUAAGGUUGUGAAGUGGCUUCCACAAGAGGUUGAAGCUCUAAGAAGACAAAACUGGGAUGCUGUGUUGGUGAGCCAGUAUCUUUCUGAGCUUAGAGAAGUCAAAAAACAGGGGAGAAAAGAGAGAAGGCACAAGGAAGCUCAGGCCGUGCUUGCUGCUGCAACUGCUGCUGCAGCAGCUUCAUCCAGGCUUUCGUCUUUCAGGAAAGAUACAGUUGAUGAAUCGGCACACCAAGAGAAUGUAUUGAAAAUAAAAGCUUUUGGUGGGAGAUCUGGAAUUCAUGCUCAACAAAUGCCACGACCGAAGGAAAUACAUCCCAAGUUGUCUGUGACAUGGACUUCACCUGAAAUGAAUUUCGAUUCUUCUUCAUCAACUUUGGACUAUAAAGUGCAUUCCAGGGUUUGUGACGUUUGUAGACGGGCAGAGACGAUUUUGAACCCAAUUAUUGUGUGUUCUAAUUGCAAGGUUGCAGUUCACAUUGAUUGUUAUCGUAGUGUCAAAGAUUCUACAGGUCCAUGGUUUUGUGAGUUAUGUGAAGAUCUAUUGUCAUCUAGAAGCAGGGGAGUUCCAUCUUUGGGUUAUUCCGAGAAGCCAUGUCGUGUAGCGGAAUGUAUCUUAUGUGGUGGCAGUACUGGUGCCUUUCGGAAGUCAACUGAUGGUCAAUGGGUCCAUGCCUUCUGUGCUGAAUGGGUUCUAGAAUCAACAUUCAGAAGGGGGCAGGUGAAAUCCAUUGAAGGCCUGGAAACAAUCUCCAGGGGGAACGACUUUUGCCUUGUUUGCAGUCGCAAAAUGGGUGUCUGUAUAAAGUGCAAUUAYGGGCACUGUCAAAGCACAUUUCAUCCUUCUUGUGGUAGAAGUGCUGGCUUCUUCAUGAAUGUGAGAACUACUGGUGGAAAGAUACAGCACAAGGCUUACUGUGAGAAGCAUAGCCUGGUGGAGAGGACAAAGGCUGAGACUCAAAAACAUGGAGUUGAAGAAUGGAAUUCUCUGAAGAAAGUUAGGGUCGAAUUGGAAAGAUUACGGCUUAUCUGUGAACGAAUUAUUAAAAGGGAGAAAUUGAAGCGUGAGUUGGUCCUUUGUUCACAUGACAUGCUUCGUUGGAAUAGCGAGUCGGUAUCUUCAUCUAUACGGGCUUGUACUGCUUUUGUGUCCCCAGAUGUUAGCUCCGAGUCUGCUACGACCUCCCUAAGAGGUUACACAAACAGUUACAAGUCUUGCAGUGAAACCAUUCAAAGAUCAGAUGACAUAACAAUUGAUAGCACAGUUGCUGGCAAAAGACGCAUAAGGUUUCCGAUGCCGAUGGACAAUGACCAAAAAACUGACGACAGCUCAACAUCUCAAAUCUUCACACAAACUCCUACAACAAGGCCGAUACUUUCUGGAAAACAAAUUCCACACAGACCUUCAUCUGCAGCAUCUCGCAGUACAUCAGAUGACGGGGAGAAGUGUUUCCGACAUGGAAAGCAUACGGAAACUUUCGGGAAAGAGCUGGUGAUGACUUCAGAUCAGGCGUCUAUGAGAAACCAACGAUUGCCAAAAGGAUUUGUGUACGUUCCUAUUCGUUGCCUAUCAAACGAAGAAGAAACCAUUGCAGCGGCUGCUGAAGAAACUUCAGGACAUGAUGGGUAGAACAAACUAUGGAACGUGUUUUCAACAAAUCUUGCGAGUGGUGAAGAUCUAGAAUGCGGGUCGAGAUAUAAAGAAGGCAAGUCGAAUUGGGAGAAAUGUGUAUAGUAAGAGUAUGAUAAGAAAAUG